UUUCCGGCGGCGGUGCUGGCGGCUGCUUCUGUGACUGUGGAGGUGGGCGUGAAGCCCCUUUGGUGGUGUUUUGGCGUCGUGGGAUCCGCUUGGUGUGGUGUCCCGCGCAGGCUGGGGUAGACGGUGGGGAGUGACCCCACACCGGGAACAUGGCUAUGGACUGGCUAGGCAGUAUUGUAUCAAUCAACUGUGGAGACAGCUUGGGUGUCUAUCAAGGAAGAGUAUCAGCAGUGGAUCAGGUCGGCCAGACCAUUUCUCUUACGCGGCCCUUCCACAAUGGAGUAAAGUGUCUCGUACCAGAAGUCACCUUUCGGGCAGGUGAUAUUACAGAAUUAAAAAUUUUGGAGAUACCAGGUCCUGGAGACAACCAACAGUUUGGAGACCUUCAUCAGACAGAAUUAGGCCCUUCUGGUGUUGGGUACCAAGUGGGUAUCAGUCAGAAUGGUACGGGCAAGGUGGUCAAGAAGCCAACCUCUUCCAGUAGUACCCCUCAGAACAUCCCUAAGAGGACAGAUGUGAAGAGCCAGGAUGUUGCCGUUUCUCCUCAGCAGCAGCAGUGCUCAAAGAGUUAUGUGGACAGGCACAUGGAAUCCUUGAGUCAGUCUAAAAGCUUCCGUCGUCGGCACAACUCUUGGUCGUCUAGUAGCAGGCACCCCAACCAGGCAACCCCAAAGAAAAGUGGUUUAAAAAAUGGCCAAAUGAAGAAUAAAGAUGACGAGUGCUUUGGAGAUGAUAUUGAGGAGAUCCCAGACACAGAUUUUGACUUUGAGGGGAACCUGGCCCUUUUUGACAAGGCAGCUGUGUUUGAGGAGAUUGACACCUAUGAGAGGAGAAGUGGCUCCCGUGCCCGGGGUGUCCCAAAUGAACGGCCUACUAGGUACCGCCACGAUGAAAACAUCCUCGAAUCAGAGCCCAUUGUCUACCGUAGAAUCACAGUACCACACAUUGUGAGCAAGGAGUUCUGCACAGACUCUGGCCUGGUGGUCCCAAGUGUCUCCUAUGAGCUACAUAAAAAACUGUUAUCUGUGGCUGAGAAGCAUGGACUGACCCUAGAGCGGAGACUUGAGAUGACUGGUGUGUGUGCCAGUCAGAUGGCACUGACUCUCCUCGGAGGACCCAACAGGUUGAAUCCUAAGAAUGUCCACCAGAGGCCUACGGUUGCCUUGCUGUGUGGGCCCCAUGUGAAGGGGGCUCAGGGUAUCAGUUGUGGGAGGCACCUAGCCAACCAUGAUGUGCAAGUCAUCCUCUUCCUGCCCAACUUUGUCAAGAUGCUGGAAUCUAUCACCAAUGAACUAUCUCUCUUCAGCAAGACUCAAGGUCAACAAGUGUCUAGCCUAAGAGAUCUCCCUACUAGCCCUGUGGACCUGGUUAUCAACUGCCUGGAUUGCCCCGAGAAUGCCUUCCUGCGGGAUCAGCCCUGGUACAAGGCAGCUGUGGCCUGGGCCAACCAGAACCGGGCACCAGUGCUCAGCAUAGACCCUCCGGUGCAUGAAGUGGAACAGGGCAUCGAUGCCAAAUGGUCCCUGGCACUGGGCCUGCCUCUGCCACUGGGGGAGCACGCAGGCCGAGUCUAUUUGUGUGACAUUGGCAUUCCCCAGCAGGUCUUCCAGGAGGUUGGCAUCAACUACCAUUCACCCUUUGGCUGCAAGUUUGUCAUUCCCCUGCACUCUGCAUAGAGGACUCUUGGCAGCUGGACCCUCUAUUCCCCUGCACUUCUGCUGCCAAACCCAACAAUGGACGCCUUAAGGAUGUGAAGUUUUGUGGACCUUAUAGAUUCUCUUUUGGGUUUGUUUCUUAUAUGAAAGAACACAAACAUACUUAAAACUUGCCUGCCACCUCCCCUUAAUCAGGGAAGGCUUUCCCACUGGCAUGCAUGUCAGGGAUAGACCAGUGGCUCCAGGCAUCUUUUCUAUCCUACCAUGCCUCCAUCCAAGUGGGGCUUUGUUUACAGACAUAGGCAGCUCUAAGACUGUUUCAGGUUUACAGCCACUGGGCGUGGGCUGGCACCUUGUGGGGUUGGCCAGGGCCUAUUGAAGCCUCACCCACCUCAUUUCAGAAGGCUUUCUCUUUUCCAUGCGUCCUCUGGCCCUGCAGCCAGCCAGCUCACCUUUACUCUAAUCAUGUAGAUUAGGCUGCUGUCAGGCAGCUAUCCAGAAGGCAGACCUGUGAUCUCCUAGGUCCUGAGAGUGCUGUCUCUGCCUUCCCCCAGUGCCACCCAAGUUUUUUUUAGAAGCUUUGGACCCUCCUGAAAUGUUCCAGUUUUAUGUUGGAACUUUUCCUGGGGAGUGUAUCGGGAUAAUGACUGUGAUGAGGUUCUAAGCUGGCUGCUUUGCUGUCAUCUUUAACAGAGGGUUUGUGCCUGUCAGGCUACAGUGCCCACCUCCUAGUUGGGAGCCAGAUGUUCAGGAUGCAGCUUUUCAGUACUGGGGAAACCCUGGGGAGUUUGGUGCUUCUGUUCUAGGCCGUCAUCACUUCCUACCUCCUCCUUACCCAUAAAUAGUAUUCCUUGAUUCCCCUUCUGCCUGCCUCUGGAAAUGCCCCCCUCCCCAUGCCAUGGCUUCACUCUUAUGUCUGGGCUUUAAUCCUUUAUAGUUGCCCUCCCCUGUGUGCAGACUUGGGACUAGAGGUCUGUCUCAAACAUGGCCAAAAAUGAGCCCAGUUCUGGAUGACCUUGCUGAUGGGGCUCAGCCAUGGGAACAUCACAUUGCUCAGAUCCUAGGGCAUUAUCCUUGGGAUCUUCCUGGAUUUGGGCCCCUCCAGGCUAGUAGGAUAGGACCAUGCCUGGAACCUUAGCAGGGACCUUUACAAAGGACUUGUACUUUGAAGCUCUCCCCCUACAUGGUUCUUUCUGUUGUGCCCAUCACUGGUGGGCAUAGGCAGACAUGCAGUUGGGCUUACUACCCUGAUAUUGUAGAUUUCAGGCUAUCUCUUUUUUUGUAGGAACUUGGCCCCAACGAAUGAGAAUAGCCCUUCCUUUCUCUCCAUCUUUUCUCUCAAGUUAUUUCCAGCAGCAGGAAAGGACUGGGAGCCUCAGCUGCACACUUCAAGAAAGACUUUGUAACUUUCAAGCUAGGCCUCUUCUCUGAAUGCAGGGUUACAGUUGGGACAGCAGGCAGCCAUUACAGGUCACUAGACACAUACAAAGUAUGUGAAGAUGGUGACCCUGGAGGUGGUAAGACUUUGAGAAGCCUCCUCCCUCUUUUCCCUGCCCUUGGCCUGAACCACCAUUUGAGUUACUGAAACUGUUGUACUCCUAUCUGCAACUCUUUUUGGAAGUCCCUGCCCAGUGGCUGGUUUCAGUCAAGUGGUCACAUCUGUCAGUAACUCAUGCAGCUCUUGGGAAACCCAAAGCCAGCACUACAAUAAAGUGAGU